UUUUCACCUUAAAAUUUGUCAUUUUCUCCAUUAUUUACCUCAGUGUUGCCAAAACAAAUGAGUUCAAGGGAAAUAUGAGAUGUUGUUUUCGUCCUAGCGUGAUAUUUUUGGCCGAAAGUCAAGUUUUUAGUCCGGUUCGGACCAGUUUUGGCUGGGUUAGUUUGUCCAGAUGUUGAAAGUGUUGUGGGCGUUGGAGUCUCUCUUUGCUGUCCUUGGGCUUCUUUUAUUCGCAAGACUUGUCAUAAUCGCCACCCAACUUCUCAACCGACCAACUUCUGUACUGCCCAGAGGCUGGAUAGCCUGGCUCCUGGGCCAGGUGACGGACCUGUUAUACGUCAUUGGGGUGACUGUCUGUGGCUGUGUUAUAAUCGUCAGUCUCGUUAUCACAUCUACGGAAUAUAUCAGCUAUGGGUGGCAUUAUGCACAGUUCGGUGGCUUUUGUGGCAAGACUUGCUCAGUAAAAGAACUCAGUCAUGCCCUGUUGGGAGAGUCAGGGUGCCCGGGAUGGUUCGGGGAUAGGUACAAUGAGGUUUUCCUCAAUAUAUACCUGGGUGACCAGUCCAUAGCCCAGGAUGUCUCAAAGCUAAAGAGCCUGGGAGUCACACAUGUGCUGAAUGCUGCUCAUGGAGCCAUCGAUGUGUCAAAGGAGUAUGAAAAAGUAGGUAUUGAGUAUCUAGGAGUCCCUGCGGAUGAUGUCCCCACAUACAACCUCAAGCAACACUUUGAACCUGCAGCUGCCUUCAUCAAUACUGCAGUAAAGAAAGGUAAGGUGCUGGUGCACUGUCAGAUUGGGUACAGUCGUUCCCCUACACUGGUGGCAGCCUACCUCAUGCUGUACCACGAGCUCACGGCCCAGGAGGCUAUCAAGCUCAUACGGGGGAAGAGAUUUAUCGGUCCAAACGACGGCUUCCUCCGGCAACUGUGCGAGUUUAAUGACCAACUGGUGGAAGAGGGAAGACUCGAGUUGCCCUGAAGUUGCUACAAGAAUCUUCAUUAUUGACCACUGUCUUCUAAUAGUCACCAAAUCCUCAGAUGUGGUCCUAUAUGAACUAGUAACCCUUUAGGUUCAUACUGUGAUCUGAACAUGCAUAAUUAUUAUGUUAUAAACAAAUCAUUUAGGUAGCGUUUUGUUUCAUACAUUUCAUUUUUGUUCACUCAGUUAUAUCUAAAGCAUUGGUAAAAGCAUGUACAUGUAGAAUCUAAAUUCUUAGGGCGUCACCACAAUUGGUAUUGUUGCAAUACUUGAAUUGCCUUGGUAAAGUUCUUACAUUGAUGUACAGUUUUUAAGGUGCUAGUUGUGCUAAUAUCACCUGCAGCAGACUGUUAAAUACAUUUUGUCUUAAAAGUAAUAUUUCUGAAUGUUUAAAGAAUAUUACCCCUUAACGUAUAAAUUUUCAAAACUGCCACAUACAUGCCUGUAUAGUCACUAGGCUGUACCAUGUGCAAGAACUUAUUUUAAUUUUUAGUUUUCAUAACUAUAUGUAUGAGAUAAUAAGAGUGUUGUGAACUCCCCAGUAAGAUGUAUACAAUUGCUGUUCCUGAUAACCAUAAAUCUUGACACUUCACCAUUUCAUAUUAAUUUGUCAUAAAUUCAUCAGAUUCAGUCAGUUUAUGAGCUUUCUCCGACUUUAUUGUUUUUUCCAUCCCAAGCAUUGUUUGAGAGCCUAUUUUGUUCAAUUUCAUUGUUAAGUCUGUCAUUCUAAAAUACAUUUUCAUCAGUUUCAUGAAGUUCACAUUUCUUGGAUGGACUGGGUAAAAUUUUUGUGCGUGCUAACGAACUUAUUAAUGUCUCGAUAGAGGGACAGGUCCUGGAGACAUUCUUGCAUGUAAUGGAUACAAAGUAUUGCCAUUGUCCAUUAGAUCAAAUCUGGCUACCAUUACAAAAUGUCAUUACAAAAGUACUGAGCUGUUAAUGUUUUGUGUAAUAAAAUAUGUUGUUGUUGAAA